UGGCGGCUCGCCAGGGUCUGUCCCCACCAUCCCCGGCCCGCCAUGGCGGUGGACGUGAAGCGGCUGGAGGCCCUGAGCCUUCAACAGCUGAACGAGCUGCUGGAAGACGAGGAGCAACUCCAGAGCAUGGCCCGGGAGAUGGAGGAGGCCCAAAAUGUUCAGCUUAGCAAGGACAUGACUCUUGCCAGCAACCGUAGCCUCGCCGAGGGUAACCUCCUGUACCAGCCAAAGCUGGACGCUCUGAAAGCUGCGCUGACGCAAAAGUACCAGGAGCUGCAGGUUCUUUUUGAAGCUUAUCAGAUAAAGAAAACCAAGCUAGACCGACAAUCUAGUAACGCUUCCCUGGAGACCUUGCUGGCACUUCUUCAGACCGAAGGGGCGAAGAUCGAGGAAGACACUGAGAACAUGGCCGAGAAGUUUCUGGACGGCGAAGUGCCAUUGGACGCCUUCAUCGACGAAUACCAGAGCCAAAGAAAACUGGCUCAUCUGCGGCGUGUAAAAAUCGAAAAACUUCAGGAGAUGGUGCUGAAGGGGCCGAGACUCCCCCUGGCGGCACCGCCUCAGCCGAGAGCCACCGAAACCCCACCAGCGCUUCAGACUGCGGAGGCAAACGCCCCUCCUUCAGUUAUGCCUCGGCGGAAUCCACCCCCACCACCUCCAGCAUCGCUGGUCCCAGCAGGACGCUUUCCUACUCCCUUUACAGCGGCAAUGAAUGCUGGACCAGCUGCUCCCUAUCCAAGCCACCCAUACCCUCUGCUUCCCCCGCGAACGGGAGUCCCUCCCGUCAGUCAGAUGCCGCCAGCGGGAUAUCCAACUCCGUUUGCAUCACAGUUCCCACCAGCGCUGCCCCAAAGACCGCCACCUCGCCUGCCACCCAACCCUGGCUUUAUCCUACAGUGAAUAUGCCAUCGGACCCAGAGUCACGUAUUGGUGCUUUUCUCUUUAUCCCCUAACUCUGAGACUCGGGCUGAAGAAGCGGUGCGAACCUCCCCCUUCUUCGCACGUGAUUUCAGAAGAAGUUCAGGGCGACAACCAAUGAUGCAUCGACGCGUUCGACCGUGUUUUAUCUUCUCUUAACGAAUCGGCAUCUGCCCGGCUCUUGCAUGGGAGACGGUCGGGCCCGCUGAAUUUUUUGUCUCUCUGGUGAAACAUUUCACGUAUAAACGGAGUCUGGAGCGACUACUUCGGCCGAACGCCUGCCUUUCUUUCCCCUUGGGAUCUCGUUUCCUUUCUGACUCCGAGCACAGGGAACUGCAGGCCACCGAUUCCUCGAAAGAAACCUCUGUUCUGAUAUGCAACACGCCAGCCAUUGCAGAAGCGCUCUGCCCGGGAGACUGCAGUGGGAAACCUUCCUUUGAAACAGGCUGUUAGCCCGGUCCUCUCUGUGCCUGGUGCUUGGGAUACAUGCUCUGAAAAUUAUCAUGUAGGUUAGAAGUUUCAGCGGCACCUGAUGAGGGGUGGGGGUGGCAGUCACCGCCAACACUGAUGUCAUACCUUUGGUUUCGGGGGAGUGGGGUGUCUGCUUUUUCAAACCACGAGAAAUCAACUCUUAAACUUACCGACCUCCAGAAAAUCUCAGGAUGUCCAAAACGGUGAACGCAAAAUAACUUUUCCUGCUUUUGAAGGGUGACUAAAAUUUACACGAUGAGUGCCAUGUUGAGAACGCCCUGCAAUCGCCCCCUCUGAUCAGCCCCGUCUUUAAUAUUAGUCUCUUGGUUGUGAUGUAGCGGCAUAGGAUCUCCAAAACUGAGGCCGUAUAAGUUUCCCCACCACGGCAUGAAGGCAAGUGGCUCUUAUUUAAAAAAAAAAAAAGUUAAUUUCUUA